GAGGUCGCAGGACUAAUUGGUCGGUUUGAAAAAAAAAGAAAAGUAGAAAAAAAGGACUUUCGAGAGUGAAAAAAUCCUAAAUCGAGCGGACGCGAACAGGCAAAACUUCCAGCCGUUUGUUGAGCCGUGAUUUGGUUUAUUGAUUUGACGAAUCGCCGAAAUUAUUAACCGAUAGAGUGAGCUGUUUGUUGGAGUGAAGCACAUUUUUCCGGCCACUUCCCGGUUUGAUUCGGUAUGGAAACGGUGGCUCCGGCCAGGGGAAGAAAGCCGUGCAAAGACAUGGCCGAAGGUAAUGGUGAACUGGUGGACGAAAUGGCAAACCAGAAAAUGGGCGAAGGCGCUGGCGAUGGCGAACGGACAGAAGACUACACCAAACUGCUGGAGUAUGGUCUGGACAAAAAGGUUGCCGGCAAACUGGACGACAUCUACAAAACCGGCAAGCUCGCUCACUCCGAACUGGACGAACGAGCCCUGGACGCACUGAAAGAGUUCCCCGUCGACGGUGCCUUGAACGUCCUGAGCCAGUUCCUAGAGUCCAACCUGGAGCAUGUGUCGAACAAAUCGGCCUACCUGUGCGGGGUUAUGAAAACCUACCGACAGAAAAGCAGAGCCACCCAACAAGGACUUCCCACACCUGCAAUAACAGUACAAGCGAAAGGUCCCGACGAGGACAAAAUCAAAGCGAUUCUGGAACGCACAGGAUACACACUCGAUGUGACCACAGGACAACGAAAGUACGGUGGGCCCCCUCCAAACUGGGAAGGCGGCACUCCGGGUAACGGUUGUGAGGUGUUCUGCGGUAAAAUACCAAAGGAUAUGUACGAGGACGAGCUGAUACCGCUGUUUGAAAAGUGUGGCAAAAUCUGGGAUCUCCGCCUGAUGAUGGACCCGAUGACGGGUACGAAUCGGGGCUACGCGUUCGUCACCUUCACCUCACGAGACGCCGCCUGCAAUGCAGUGAGGGAGCUGAAUGAUUAUGAAAUUCGGAAAGGCAAAAAGAUUGGUGUAACGAUAUCGUUUAACAAUCACCGGCUCUUUGUCGGGAAUAUUCCUAAGAAUAGAGAUCGCGAUGAGUUGUUAGAGGAAUUUGCUAAAUACGCACCCGGCCUAAUGGAAGUGAUAAUCUACAGUUCACCGGACGACAAAAAGAAGAAUCGGGGAUUCUGUUUUCUCGAGUACGAAUCACACAAAGCGGCUUCGCUAGCGAAGCGGCGACUCGGAACAGGAAGGAUAAAGGUGUGGGGUUGUGAUAUAAUAGUGGACUGGGCGGAUCCCCAGGAAGAACCCGACGAACAAACGAUGAGUAAGGUGAAAGUAUUAUACGUGCGGAAUCUGACACAGGACACUAGUGAAGAAAAGUUAAAAGAAUGUUUCGAGCAGUUUGGUCGAGUCGAACGAGUGAAGAAAAUCAAAGACUACGCGUUCGUGCACUUCGAGGAUCGUGAUCACGCGGUCGACGCGAUGAAGGAUUUGGACGGAAAGGAUGUGAACGGUUCGCAUAUCGAGGUAUCCCUAGCGAAACCACCGUCCGACAAGAAAAAGAAGGAAGAAAUUCUGCGGGCACGGGAAAGGCGUAUGAACCAGUUUCUGCAGAGCAGAAUAGGGAUUGUUGGUGAUUUCGUUCCUCCCUACAGCAUGUCGCCCCAGCAUGCCGGUAUGAUGCCAGGUGCAAUGCCACCGAUGCGAGUUCCUAGCGGCGCCGGUGGUCCACGAGCUCCGAUGCGCGGCCCGAUGAGCCGCGGCGAUUAUGCAAUCGGUAAACGUAAAUUUGACGGAGGUCACCAAAAUCAAGGGGAUAUCAAACGGCGCUACGGAGCGGCAGCAGCAGCAGCAUUAGGGAAUCUUGGUAAUAACUGGGGCAGUCAGCCAUUGCCCCAGCAGCCCCUCGGCACCAACGGUGGGGAACAGUGGUACACCGAUACCUACUCGGUGUGGAGCUAAGAAGAAGAAGAAGAAGCAGCAUCCGCAGCGGGAAGGAUGAUGACGGCGAUAACGAAACCAGCGCAACUCUACAGCAAAUCAUACACUAGAACAUAAUCACAGUAAAGUAGAAAACACAAAAUGAAAAACAAUUUUCUGGCAACCAAUCGACUACACUAACACACACCGUGGCUACCACCGCCUACUACUACUACUACUACUACUACUACUACUAUUAGUACUACUUCUUUUUACUAACACCACUGCAAUUCGUUCAUCGGCACAUCGCGACACCUUUGAAGACAGUCAAUGCUCUCACAUACACAGAUGUAGUUACACUCUAAAUUAGAGAUAUUAAAUUGAAUGCUAAAGCACACACAGACACACACAAAAUAAACAAAAUUGAUCAAACUUAAUAUGGUAAACCAUGAGUAGUCCGUUUUAAGAAAAAUUCAAAAAUUAGAUCGCUAAAUGUUGUAAAAAUAAAAUCUAUCUUUCGCUACCCAUCAAGAAAAAAAAACAAUAAUAAGAGAAAGUAAAAAAAAUGACUGAUCUUUUCAUAAUUCUUAAUAUUUAAGGUUUAGACAUAAACGAAAACAAGCAGAAAAGUGAAAAAAAAUGUUCAAAACAUGAUACCAACCGAUCGAGUUGUAGGAACUAACCAAAAUUAGCAUUCGGAACCAUUGAGAUUAACCACUGAUGGAAGCCCAACAUUCGAUCACUUGUUCACCACACGCUAAACUAGAAUUAAAGAAACAAAAAAAAAAUAAAAACUAAAAUCAAUAUUAGUUCGAAAUGCGGAUCUCCACCACUAGCGAACCCGAGGGGGGCUGGGUAACGAAAAAGUGAUAAAAAAAUUACUACUUUAAAAUUAUUAUUACCAAUGUUUUCUAAUCGCUUAGGAUGCCUAAUGAAUUUUAAAACACAUGAAAGAUGGAAGAAACAAAAAAAAAGAAUUAAAUAUCCAAUGAUCAGUCCAACCUAAGGAGAGAGGGAUUUAGUUAGAUUGGAUUCGUACUGCUUUGACCGAAUUAGAUGGCGAAAAGAUCCGAGAAAUACGAAACAAAAUUAAAAACUGAUGCUUAGUGUUCAUGGCAAAAAAAACUGAAGUGUCGAAAGGUUCAAAAAAAUAAUCGCAGAAAUAAGGAAAAAUUCUCGUUUUGGUGACUCUUUGGGAUAAUAGCAAGCGAAAAAAAAAAGAAAGUGUAAAUAGAUAUUUCGGACAAGUGCGAAAACGCAGCGUGUAUUUAGUAAUAAACAUAACAAAAAAAGGGGAAAAAAACUAGCAGAAAAAUCAGUUUCGGAAGGCGAAAAACAAUAUUAGAAAAAAACAUAUUAGUGAUUUUUGGACGAGAAAAAAAAAGAAACAAAAAAGUCGUGAAACAAAACAGUCUUUAGUAGUAACACUUAUGGUGAAAUGUGAUUAAUAAGGAGAAAGAAAUUAUUUGUAAAAAGACGACGGAUUGUAAAAUUGGAUGUUUAGGAUUUAUAUAGGCUUUUCGGCGCAUAGCGCGUACGUAACGAAAAAAAAGUGAUCCAGUCCAGAUGCGGGAAAAUAAAAACGUCUACGAAGUGAUACCCAAAUUCAAAAUUACCGACCGGCGGAGAAAGAAAAAAAUGUACGAAUUGAACGACGGCGUUUGGUUUAGGAAACCGGCAAAACAAAAGCAAAACGUGUGAUUCGCAAAAGAAAAAAAAUCCCUACAUCGGCUCGUUUAUUUUUUUAGGUUUUUGACAAGGCAAGGUAAACGAACGAAACGUCAGAAUAGUCGGUUUAGCAGUAGCAUAACAAAAUUAGAUCAAAUAGAAUCGGAAUUCAAUCAAAAUGGCGCAAUGCUGCACGAGCGGAACGAAAACACACAACGGCAUAGACGUCUAUAACUAAUGAAAUCUUUGGUUGGAGGGAGACACAAAAAAAAGAAUGAUUGUCUGGCAUCACUUGCUUUACCGGGGGAUGAUAAGCCGCGAUCGUAGUGCCGUUUGAGUUUUAUUUUAAUUUUCUUCAAAUUUUAGCUUCUAUUAGUUUGGUGCUUUGUUUGGUUUCUUAUUUUUGCGUCACGUCAAAGUGACAUAUGUUGCACGUCAAACUUACGGACAAUUUGCGUUAAUAUGAUUACUGUCAUUUGGAGUUUCAUUUUGUUGAUUUGAUGAACCGUCAUUGAGACAGGACGCUUCAUCUAGUAGCCGUUGAAAUUUUGAUAUCUCUCUUUUCUGCAAUCACAGAGAUGUCAGGUCUUGGAAAGUUGCAAAACUUAAUUUGGAUGGAUGCUUGAUUAUCAUUUCGGUUGUUUGCGGUUUAAUUGUCUGUUAGGUGAAUUACCAAAUUUACUCAAAAUAAUUAGAAAGCGUAGCUGAUAGUAAUCGCACUGUUAGACAUCAGCGCAUUCCCAACAAACACAAUAGCUCCCAGUAACCAAUAACAAAAAUGUCAAUAUUUUUUGCUGACGUUACACCGCAAGCAAUUUAAAGCGCAAAACAACGUUGUCCUGUUGUUGUGACACCGAUCUAUCGAGGAAAAUGGAGAAAAACGUUGGGAACUAUAAUCCAGAAGAAAAAUGGCGCUCCCUACGAAGCAAAAAAAAAAGAACAAGAAGCUGCCUUAUUGAGAGAAAGAAAGAACAAACUAAGAAACAACUAAAGCGCUCACUACACUGAACGAAAAUUGCGUAGCCUUUAGUCUACUGCAAACACACGCGAACACAGCCAACCAGGAACCGUGGGAGAAAAGACUGAAACGAAAAUUAAUGUCAUGUUAUUUAGAAUGAAAGCAAAAAACGGAAGCACAGUGUAACUAAAAAAAAUUAAGAACACACGCAAGGCAAGCAGAGCGACGGCGGCCGUUCAGGCGGGAAUCACACGAUAUAAUCAAAGUAGGCAACGGUGUCAAAAUUUGCAACCGAUUUUCCCCGGGUGGAAACGGUAUCUACGGAAACGUUACUUUUUUUUUAGUUUUUAGGGAGCAUUUUAUCAUAGUUAUUAUUUUUCGGCAAAAUUGAUUACAUCUACGGGAAGGCAAACGAACGGUAAAUGAGACGCGAAACGCGAAGGUAAAAUUAUGCAAUAUUCAAUGAUAAUUUUUAAAAUAUUUUUUUUGUGUACGUUCUGGAGGCAGAGUUGAAAACCCGAAAAUAAAACUCAAAACCUGCAGUGGAAUAACGAUUUGUAAUUUAAAGUUUAGUUGUAACACAUUUUCCAGGUCGACGAUAGUAAGUGCGAGGGAGCCACCGCGACGACGAAAUGCUUACUCAGCAGGCUACGAUGAGAUCACCCCGUCAACGGGCCAGCGCUGCCAGACCGUAUGCGCGUUCUUUCGUUUGUGUUUUCCAUAAUGAUUCGUUCAAAAGUGUUUACAUUUUUACUUACUGUUUAGCUAUUACUUUCCGUUACCCAUUUUUGUUGCUAUUUAUCGUUAUUUUUUCUACUGCAUCCAUUACUUGUUUUGAUUAUUGUACAUCUUUGUUGACUUCGACUAUUACUACUACUUCUACCUUCCUUGUUUCGGCUGGCAGCACUGACAACCGAUUUGGGGGUAAAGAAAACAAUAAUAGAAAGAAAAAAAACCAACAGCAGCCAGCUAAGCAAUCACACGCGACCUCGGCAGAACAUAAAAAGUAAUAAAGUAAAUAUUAACGUUUAGAUGUUAUUCUUAAUUGUAUGCGCUGUAUCGGGAAAAGUCGGAAAAACUAUAGUAGAGAAGCUACAAAAUAAAUGAAAAUCAAACAUGGAUCGGACUAAUCCAGGAACGUGAGAGAGAGAGAGAGCAAAACACUGCUAGGGAACAUAGAAUGGAAACAAAAAUCAUAUUUGUAUAAAAAUAUAUAUUGAGAAGUUAUUAUGUUAAUUAUAUAUUUUUUUAUUUUAUAUUGUAUUUUGAUUAAACGUAAAUUUUAAUUAUUUUAGAUAAAAUUAUCCUUAUUUCUAGUUUACACAAGACAGGCAUGCCAAGUAAAAAAAACAUCUUAACUGCAGCAAAUUCAGACAGAACUCGUAGCGAAAAGUUUGAAACACAUAUUAUGCAACAGAAAAUAACAUUGAACGAUUUCUCCUUCUACCGUAAAGAACGUAUUCAUAGAAAUACAAUUAUUAAAAUAAUUAAUUAAUUUUAAACUAUCCAAAAGCCUCCACACACUAUUUUUUUUAUUUAAUGUUUACAACGUUUAAUUUUAACGAUACGAAAAGUACGCAAACCAUAGCUACUGUCUCCAGUUCUCGUUUUCAUUGUCAAACUAGUUUAGCAAAAUCAAACAGAAGCGAAAUAUGGAUUACAAGAAUAUAAAAAAAAGAAGCAUAUUAAGUAUCACCGAAUUUUAACCUUAAACAUAAUGAAGCAAAAUAGUUUUAAUCUCUUUAUCUAAACAAAGUAAAACAAAAAUAACUAACUUCAAUCAACCAAGAAAAUAAUUCAAACAGCAACAAACACAACACCAUACAGUAAAAACAAUAAGCGACAAAUGGAGUUUACGCCUCAAAUCACAAAACAACAAUAACAAAAUGAAAAAGAUAAAAGAAAAGUCAAUCAAUCCCCCUUGAUUUUGGAGACGUCAGGUCAGCCAAGCGAACACCACCUUAGCCAUUCAAAAUAAGGCAAAAACUGAACCAACUGAGGAGACCAUAAGAAGAAAAAAAAAGUUACUCCAAAGCAUGGAUAUCCAUGCACACACACACGCAGACGAGGAACAAGAAUGAUUUCUCAUACCCUCCCCACACACACACACACACCCACACCCAAAACAUGCAUAGAAAUGCGAUCAGGAGAAAUUUGGUGGACCGAGUCCAGAGCCAACUUUGCUUACCAACUGAAACAAAACUGUCACUCAGUCACAUCAAUCGUAACAUCAUCAAUCAUCCUCGCACACAUAUAUUCACACUUAGCCAUAUUCUCCUGACAUUCCUUCUCCCCACCAUCUCUACCUUGCUUUCUUGCUCCAUAACUGUCAAGUCUGUCACUGUCUCCAGUUAACCAGUUUUUGGUUUUUUACCAUUCAUCCUCGCCUGUCGAUUUUUUUGUUUGUUUGUUCGACUUUUAUGUUACCCUUUUGUUUGUUUUGUGUUUUGAAGUAACGAACAAUCGCAUUUUUCUCAAUAGUUUUAAUCAUCCCUAAUCCUAUCCUAACUCCUGUACGCCCGCACACACACACACAUCUCAUCUUAUUCUUACUAUUAAAGCAAUUUCCAAUCAUAUGAAGUAAAGAAAACACUACAUGCAACACAGAAAUUUUCAACUCUAUUAUUUUCACAAACAUUUUGCUCAAAUCAAUGUUGAUUGUUUCUUCUUUCACUACUAACUUUCGAUCACCACCAUCAUUAUCAUCAUCAUCAUCAUCAACAUGUCACAAAUUCAACCCAAAAACAAAAACACAGUAGGCAGUUAAACGAAACAAUGAAGCAAGAAAAGAUAAAUACAAAGCAGAAGCAGGACAUCAUAGACAAAACAACCCACAGUAACUUGCUUGCAGGUCCAUUUAUACGAACACAGUAAGAGAGUGAUAGAAUUGAGAAGAAGGAUAAAGCCCCGACGUCUUGAAGGCUGCUCGAAAAGAAAACUUUGUAAACUGCCAAGAUUUAGAGAAACCAACCGGAGCAAAAAUAGCGAAUAUAACCGAAUCAGGCAGCCUUCAACCGCGCGGCGUUUCCUCUACCGUCAGGCAAUUCGGUUGUAAUGAAAGAUACAGCAGCAAAACAGAUGCAGAGAGAAAGCGUCAAAAAGAGAAGAAGCAAGUAACGAAUAAAUAAAGAUAAACAACCUUUGUAUCUUCUCUACAUACGAAAGAAAAAUAAAUGAAAAUAAAUGUUA